GCCGCUAUCAACGACACUCACGGUGUUUUGCGCAACGUUUCCGUGUCUUCGCCUCUUCGGAUUCCAAGUCUAGCCGGCUCAGCCGACAUUAGCCACACAUCAGCGUCACACUAGCCCUUUAUCCGAGCAUAUUGCCGCCAUAAUGAGCCAAGCAGCGUCUACCAGCAACGCCACUCUCAUCGGAGGAGCCAUUGCAGCAGCAGCAGCAUCAUUUGCCGUGACGUCAGUCGUUCGGGAUUACAUCUUCCGUCUUCAAGCACAAGCCGACAUUUGGUCCGAUGUGGUCGAGCAAUCCGCUCCAAUCCAAGACGAAGGCGACGAGGACGAGUGGUACACAUCAGCCGCCGUGGUGUCCACACCAACCGUCAAGACGGUAUCGCUUCCAGUCGAGUCUUCUACGCCUGCAACUAGACAGUCGCACGCACGCUCUGACAGCAUCACGAGUACUUCGACGGCCGAGAGCAGUGUUGGUGCUCGGACCCCCUCAGAAUCUGAAACGGAGUACUUUGAAGAGCACAAGGACGACUUGAAGGAUGGCGUGUUCAUUGCUGCUUUGCCUAGGAACCGAGGAGCUCGGCCGCAAGUGGUUCUCGUUUAGACCUCCGGCUUCGAAGAUUGGAACAAUGUGAAUCGUCCGAUUGAGCAUACCCUUGCCGGUGCGCCGGAUCUGGUGCAGAGUCCAUCUUGAGUUACGUCACCAUCUUGCAUCUCUUUGUAUUA